UUGCCUUCUUCUCUUCUCCAUACCUUGAUCCCUCGUCACUCGCCGCAAUGGAAGUCGAAACGGAGAGGAUCCUCUCCAUUCCGACGGAGCAGGGUGAUGUACCCAUCGACCUGGCCGACCUGCCCAAUGAUGCAGAGUCGGUGCAGGACAUCGUCGGUCUUCUGGCCGCCGAUGCUCAACCUGCUCACUACUGGGCAACUCUGGCAUACGAGUACCUCCGUCAUCACGACAAUGAGCCAGCAGCCAUCGAAUUUCUUGGUCGAGGCAGUCACACUCUGCGCAUGACGCCCAACAAGUCUCGCGGUACAGCUCUCCUCGACUCGAUGCUUGCUGGCCUGUAUGCCAAUCGAGCAAGAAGCUCGCCCAAGCAGAUCAUUCAAGAGGCAAAGUAUCAGCCACUCGCCGGUCGAGAGGGUCUGCACGCAAAGCAUGCCCACUUCUCCUACGCAACGCAGCUUACCAAUGCCGCCGCUGCGUCGGACCCUGCGGCAGUCCACUCGCAACUCUCCAGGGCAGUCGACAUGGCGCUCAAGGGCAUGACAAACGACGCAGAGCGCAUCUUCACCGACGUAUCCACAAAGCAGCCAAAGAAUACGCUCGCGCUCCUUGGCAAAGCCUGCUGCCUCUUGCGACGACGCGCCUUCCCUCAGGCUCUCGCCAUCUAUCAGCACGCCCUCGCCCUGGUGCUCCCAUAUGAGAAGAAGGGCGACUUCUCCCGACCGGACCCUCGCAUCGGUAUUGGACUCUGCCUUGCUGGCAUGGGCAAGGUCUCAGAUGCUCGAAGGGCAUGGCAGCGAUCGGCAGACAUCUAUCCAAACAAGUCUGCGCCCAAACUCCUCCUCGGUCUGUCAGCCAUCAAUGCAGCGAGCCAGUCGGCUGCUUUGCCUCUGGGUCUCUUUGACGUGGGCAUCUCAGCAACGGAGGAGCAAGCACGACAGGCGGCACGCGAGCAAGGUCUUGCCAGCAUCCAAGCAGCCUGGGCCCUGAACAACAAGAGUGCAAUGACUGCUGUAGCUCUCUCUGAGCACUUCGCCCGUCGAGCCUCAGCCCUCGCCGCAGAGGGUGACGUUCUCAAGGCGACCGCCCAGUUCACCCAAGCUCUUAAGCUCGGUGAGCAUGCCCUCCAGUAUGCAGACGCCCGCAGCGACCUCCUCGCCGCUACGGCAGCGACGGCUCGCGCGGCUCACUUGGCAAUGCAUGCCGCCUCUCAAUCUAAGUGCACGCUAGAUGAGAUGGAGAUGAGAUCUAUGGCCAACAGACACUGGAACCGCAUUGUCGAGGAUCUCGGACGAGCACCUCUGCCGGGCUCGUCGAAUGCGGCCAUCUCGCCCCUCUUUGCUCAUGCAUCAGUUAGCCUCGCCCAGCUUCAACUGGGCCAGGGAGAAGUGGUCGCGGCUAUGCACACUCUCGACGUGUUGCGCCUCGCCAAUCAUCAUCAGACACCCAGUCACCUCGUUGAGGCUUCUUUCCUCGAGGCGAGCUUGCGAGCCGCUUCUCAUCCCGGAGCAGGCAAAGAAGAGGUGGCCCGGGAUCGUCACAAGGCUAGAGUCCUUCUAGAACGCAGCCUCAACCUCUGUGAUGCUGCUAGCGAGGAUUCUCGUGGCGGCUCAUCGUCUACGGCUGCAAGUCGCAAAGCUUUGGUGGCCGAAGUAGCUGGCCAAUCCACGGUGCAACAGAUUCAUGCGCUCGGCCAGGACGUCUUGGCCAAUGUCGAACUUGCACAGCUCCUUCAGGUAGGCGCCUCCCGUGCCGACCUACCUCGGGCAGCUAGACGGUACCAGGCAGCGCUCGACAUCUUCGCUCGACAGCGCGAGGCGGGAAGCGACGUCAUAGCCAACACAUCAGCUUCGCUGGAAAUUCGCUUACGUGCCAAUUUGGGUGCUAUUUUGGGCGUCCGAGCCCUCGAGUCGGUCGUAGGCGCCGGUUUUGUCACAAAGGGCGGCCCAACUCAGCCUCAACACCCACUAAUAGAACGCUCUCUCGAGCAUCUGCGUGUCGCUCUCGACCUCAUUCGCUCCAGCGAGGAGCGUAAUGCCGCUGCACCCGAAGACCUCGAGUCAGAAAAGACAACCAUUCUCUACAAUGCCGCUCGCCUGCAAGAAUCCAGCUCCUCGCUGGAAGACGCUCGCCGAACAUACGAGACGCUGCUGUCCAUGCACCCAGAGUAUAUUGACGCACGCGUUCGACUGGCAAUCAUGGUAGCUUCGCUUCCCUCAUCGGACAACGUCAACGGGAAAGCCACCCAGCUGGCGAAUGCCUACUUCAAGGAAGCCCUUUCCUCCGACCCAGCCAACCUGGACACGCGCGCAGCGUACGUCUGCUUCCUCGCGGGCGAGCUACCCUGCUCCCCUUACCCGGGUCAGUGGGGCAUCAUCAAGGACACCCUCGCCGAGCUCUUCCUCGGCGCCAACGACUCCAAAGCCACACGCGUCUUUGGCGGCGCCCAAGCUGCCAAGCAAGUAGCAACGGAUGCGACGGGCGACUCCUUCAUCAUGAGCGCGAUGGGCUGGUCUUACUAUCAGCUAGGCCGUGAGGCGAGAGAUAAGAAAGAGAGGGAGCGUUGCAUGUUUCGCUCGGCGGAGUUCUUCGGCCAGGCGCUUGCCAACGACCAGCGCUGCGCAGUUGCUGCGCAAGGACUGGGGAUCCUUCUGUGUGAUGAUGGUCUGAUUGGGAGCAAGGGGCCUGCGAGCCAGGACCCGGAGGCUGAGCGUGACGCGCGACGCAGGGCAGUUGAUGAGGGCCUGUCCGUCUUCAGCAAACUGCGCGAGGUCAGGCACGAUGGAUCCAUACAUGUCUGCCUUGGUCAUGCGCUAGGCAGGCGUGAAGAGUGGGAGAGGAGCGCAAAGGCGUACGAAGUGGCAUCGCGACAAUACUACGAUGAUGCCAACGCAAAUGUGCUCGUCAGCUGGGCAAUGGCGGAGUACCACGUCGGCUUGUCGAGCAGGAGCUUCCCAACAUUGAUGCGCAGCGUGGAACGCUUGAGCCGCGCCAGAAGCAUCUUCGAGGAGAAGAAGCAGGAGAUCGCAGGUGGAGCUGGCGAGCCCGCUACGACCAACGGUUCAGCAAACGGCGAGAAUGGCGCCGCCGCCGCCAAGCCUUCGAGCAAUAACCCUCGCCUCCUCUCUCUCGAGGCCGAAAUCCGCCUCACGCACUACAAUUCUGCUGUCAUCAAGCAGAAAUCUCUGCAGAUGCUGCUCGAGACUCGCAAGGAGGAGCGCCUCCUCCCUGAACUGCGCCAGGCGAUCGAAGGAAUCAGCGAUUCCCUCUCCACCUUCACCACUCUACUCCCUGCAGCCCAGCAGGGUCAACUUGGACUUGUCUCUGCCGAGCUUCUGGAGCAACGCAUUCAAUUCGGCGAGUCGCUGCGUGAUCGUCAGGCCCAAGCGGCUGUACAGGAGCAAGAGGCCUUCGAAGCAGAAGUGGCUGAGCGAUCUGAGGCUGUCAAAGCUCUGCGGGCCGAGAAGGAGCGUCAGCGCGUGGAGGCAGAGCAGCGUGCCCGCGAGGAGGAGGAGAAGCGCCUCGAGGAGGUCAAGGAGCGUCGUCGUCGUGCGGUCGAGGAGGCGCGCGAGUUCACCUAUCGUCUGCCAAGCCCUGAGGUGCAGGUCAAGCAGAAGAGGGGUGGUGGGGGUGAGAAGACGGGCAAAAAGCGCUCCCGCAAGCAACGUGGGGCUAGCAGUGAAGUGGAGACGGACGAGGAGGAGCGUCGCGCUCAAGACGCCUUGCUGGAGGACGAUGAGAACCUUGCUGCUCUGACUGGAGAAAGUGAAGGCGAAGGCGCGUACGAUGAGGAAGAGAGACAGAAGCGUCGCGCAGACAGGAAGAGGGCGAAGAUGGAGGAACUGCGUGCCUCCCGGGCGGCAAAGAAGCAGAAGGGCUCCAAGGGCAAGCCUAGGAAGAAGAGAGUCGUCAAAGACAGUGACGCCGAGUCGAGCAGUGAGAGUAGUAGUAGCGAGGGCGGACCAGACUCGGACGACGAGGAGGAAGCUCAAAGCUCCAACGCAGGCAGUGACGGCGAGGAUGAUGGGGCGAAGGAGGAGAGGAGGGCUCAGAAGCUGGAGAAGAAGAAGCGAAAGGAGAAGAGGGAGAAAAAGAAGUCAGGCAAGAAGAGCAAGAAGGCUGCAGCGCCUUCGAGGCCCGCCAAGAGGGGGGUCGUUGAUGACGAUAUGAUUGAUACGGAUGAGGAGAUGUAGAGCCGUUCAAAUGAUAGUCAUUUCCAAUCUCUCAGGACUUGAUGCUGAAAGCAGGAAA